GGCGUCGCUCGGUCGAGUGGGAAAUCGGUGACACGGGAAAUCACGUUUAAAAAAUAUCCGUGACACGGUGUGCAAGGAUGCGAAUCACGUUUGUGCCAUGCUGUGUGCCCCUUUUCUGAAGUGCGCUCUACGAAGCUGCGGCCGCGGACGUGAAGAGUGGUGUGAAUUGUGAUUCCAAACCCCUUUUCUGCUCGGGAGUGGCCAAAACCGUAGAGCAUCUGUUUAGUUGCCAUCGUGAAUAUUUCUAUUACAAAUCCGUGCGUUCGUGUAUCUGGAUUCUCUCGCCAAUUCCGCGUACGCAAACUGUGGUGGAGUGGUACGAAGGAAAACCAAGCGGUAGUCCAAGAAAUCCAAAACAUCCGCACUUGAAAGUGCAUCACAGCAGCGAAGGUGAAGAAAAUCGAAACAACCGCAGCGGGAAGGAACGACGGAUUUUGCCUCUCUGCGCCGUCGUGGAGCUGGAAGAACCGUAUUCUGGCACCAUAUAGGAAUACCAGUCCAGGCCAGUCCAUGUUCGGACCCGACCGCGUGUCUCCAACGAAUUGCACAUCCUCGUAGAGUGAGCGCCGAGAAGAGCAGAGGACGACGCCCCACCGCUUUGGCGCUCCUAGGGUUGGCCGACUGCAGCAUGUCCAACGCAUAAGACGCACACAGCACAGCACCUACUUGCCCUCAGCAGCAGAGGGUGUCACAGUGCGUGUCCGUCCGGCCAACAGGCCGUAUUUAUGUAACGCAUCAUCGAGAAACCAACCUCUACACUGGCGACGAGCUAGAUGAGGCGCCGUAUGCAGUCACGAUGAAAAGUUGCAGCGUGCGGUACGGGUUAAAAUCGAUGCCGACGACCCCGAACCGAUCGACGACGUACUACGGUAGUGCUGCUGCUGCCGUUGUGCAGCAUGUUGUUUGCCAAUGGCCAACGAAGCUACGCUGAUGGUCGCCAGCCAGGUCAAAACGAACGAAGAGGGCAAGUAGAAGCCGAUAAUUUGCGCCAAAAAAGAAGGAACGCAUCUAAUGCAUUAGAAGCAUUAGCCAUCAACGUGCAAUCUGCUUUUGCUGAUUGAAACGCGCGAGCGCGACGAGUGCACAGAGGGAGCGGCGAAAAUGAAUGCCGAUGAUAUCUACGAGAAUCUGCCGUGUCAUGAGGAAGCGCUUAGAAAUGGUAACAACGGUGAUCGUGGCAUUGUAGGAUCGACGAAGAUCGGCGCUCAUGGCAUCAAUACCGGUGGUGAUGGAGAUGGUGGCGGUGGCGAUGGUGGCGUGAUGGACAACGGUGCUGGACAACAGAACAAGAUGCAGAACAAUCUGGCACUGAACAGUAAGGAUAUGUUGUACGCGACGCCGCUCAAAAAAUCCGAACGCCCUCUGAAGGUCCUCAACAAUGGACCAACGGCGGCGACCGCGACGACGGCGACCGCCACGACGACGGCGACGACAAAUGGCAAUGGUUGUGGAAGUGCAUUAACACCGGCUCGAUCCCAGGAUCAAGAUGCGAAGAUCAUUAAUGCGGAGCUCGAGGAUCGACGAAUACGGGACUUCCUGAAGGAUACGACGCAGAUGCACAAAAAGAUUGAACUGCACAAGACGUACCAGAGCUCCAACUUUUCCUACCUCGCGCGCAAGGAACACUUUGCCGAUCUGGUGCAGCGGAACGUAAACAACAAUGGCAGCGGUGUGCCGCUGCGACCGGAUGUGACGAUCGACGAGGAAGCGAAGCUGGCGGCGAUGGUUGGCGGCGGUAGUGAUGGGAAAGGUGGAAGGGCGGCGGCCGCGUAUAAAUCACUAGCUGGCGAAGAGGAAGAAGUUAAGAAUCUAGAUCUCGACACAAACGAUUCGCUGAACGAGCUUGAGGCACGAUGCAACGAGAAGCUUGAGAUGUUGACCAAUCUCAAUCGGGCACGUUCGUCGGAGCAGCGAUCGCAGGAAGACAACGAACAGCAGCAGCUCGAACAGGGUUCGAUCGAUCUGCUGCUGCUGGGUGGUACCGAUGGUGAUCGAGCCGUCAGUGAGGAUGACAUAGUUCCGAAACCAUCGGCACCACCACUGUCCGCCGUACAGACGGCACGAUCGAAGCAUGGCAAGCAGCAGCAGCAAGGUGGUGGCAACGGUGUUGGGCCAUUCGGUGAAUCCACUGAUCAACCGAUCAUCAGUGCGCACCUCAACCGGGAGUGGGUACUGAAGAAGAUCGCGAUGUGUUUGGAGCAAAGGAUCUCUAAAAAACCGGUCCCACCGGUUCCAGGGGAAGCCGCUAGUGUUACUACACCUUCCGCAGGACCUUCUUCUGGGCCUGGUGGAUAUUUCGGAAGAGGACAAACGGUUGGUGUACCAUCGGAUAGCGGAUCCCAGCCUAGUGGCCAUAGGAGUAGUGCAGGAGCAGCAGCAGCAGCAGCAGGUGGCGGUGAUGGUGGAUUACCUUCCCUCGGGUAUCUCGUGCUCGGUUCGAACGGUUCCGGUAAGACUUCCAUCUGCAACGACAUCAUCGAGGGUACGUCCGGUACCAAGG